GCACAGCACCAAUCUAAACCCCCUUUAAUUUCCCAGGACUCUCCGCGUCCUCAAGCCCCGCCCCCAGCUCUUCUGCCCCGCCCCGAAGUUUGAGGGGUGUGGAUGGUUUGUGACCCCCCUCACCUGACCCUAACCAUCAGCCCGGGAGAGCCGGGCUUGGGCACUGCGUCCGCAACCUGGAGGCCCUUCGUCUCGGGGCGGAGGGGGGCUCAUGGACUCUACUGACACGGGACUAGGACCUCUCGGACGCAGAACCUCAGAAAAAGUGUUAAUUAUUUUGCUUCGAUGAUUUCACGUCAUCUUCAAAACAACCUUAUGAGUGUGGACCCGGUCAGCAGCCAGGCCAUGGAGCUCUCUGAUGUCACCCUCAUUGAGGGUGUGGGUAAUGAGGUGAUGGUGGUGGCAGGUGUGGUGGUGCUGACUCUAGCCUUGGUCCUAGCCUGGCUCUCUACCUACGUAGCAGACAGCAGUAACAACCAAUUGCUGGGCACCAUUGUGUCGGCUGGCGACACAUCUGUUCUCCACCUGGGGCACGUGGACCAGCUGGUAAGCCAAGGCACUCCAGAGCCAACCGAACUCCCCCAUCCGUCAGAGCAUAGUGAUGAGAAGGCUGAAGAGACCAGUGACAGCGGGGGAGAUGCCACCGGGGAACCUGGAGCCAGGGGAGAGAUGGAGCCCAGCCUUGAGCAUCUCCUGGACAUCCAAGGCCUGCCCAAAAGACAAGCAGGCCUAGAGAACAGCCGUCCAGAAGCUCCACUAGGAUUAGAUGACAGCACCUGCCUCUCUCCCAGCACAAGCCUCAUCAAUGUUCGCCUCAAGUUCCUCAAUGACACCGAGGAGCUAGCUGUAGCCAGGCCAGAGGACACUGUGGGUACCCUAAAAAGCAAAUACUUCCCUGGACAAGAGAGCCAGAUGAAACUGAUCUACCAGGGCCGGCUGCUGCAGGACCCAGCACGAACGCUGAGCUCCCUGAACAUUACCAACAACUGCGUGAUUCACUGCCACCGCUCACCCCCAGGAGCAGCUGCUUCUGGCCCCUCAGCCUCUUUGACCCCCUCAAGCACUGAGCCAUCCAGCCUUGGUGUCAACGUGGGCAGCCUUAUGGUGCCUGUGUUUGUGGUGCUCUUGGGUGUGGUCUGGUACUUCCGCAUCAAUUACCGCCAGUUCUUCACAGCACCUGCCACUGUCUCCUUGGUGGGAGUCACGGUCUUCUUCAGCUUCCUAGUAUUUGGGAUGUAUGGAAGAUAAGGGCAUUGGGAGACAGAGGCACGGUCUGCCUCCAUCACAGCCUCCCCCUUUCCUGGCCAGAGCUGGGCCCAAGGACCUGGGAGGGAGGGAUAUGGUGGGUACCCUGUUCAUAGGCCCCAAGAGGCAGGUAUGUGGCCUCCCUUUAUGUCCACAGGGUACAGAUAUCUCUGCAAGCACAACUCAGGUAGAAACAAGGAUAUCAUCUCCCUUCUUUUGGAUUCCCAAGGUUCAAAGGCCAAGCUCGAUGAGAAGCCUGGACCCUAGGUCUUCCCUCCUGGCUGCGGCCCUAGCCCUUUCCCGGUGUCUUGCAUGUCUGCUCCCUAGACCCCAGGGUUGCUGCCAGGGCAGCUCAGCAUGGCCUUAGUGUACCCCUGUAGGGAGCCUGAAGUAACUUUCACUCCUUAGAUGAGUGGAUCUUUUGAAACUUAAAUUCACAGGCAGGGGUGAAGACUGCCAACUCUCCCUAUAGCACCCAGCUACCACCUCCUCCCUGUGCCCCUUGUAGCAGGAAUAGGAAAUUUUGCUUUCUUUCAAAGCACUUUGCUUGCCCUUCUUUUUCUAAGUAGUCUUGUAUAGAGCUUAGUCAGGAAGGAGACUGGGGCAGAAGGCCAAGCCCCCAGCAUUGAGACCAAGCCACAGCUGCCGCUAACCUAGGCCCAAGACUGCAAAAGAACACUGGCUCUAAUCCAGUGCCCUGCUCAGUUCCAAGGACGAACUCUGGGUAUAGACUACCCUACCCUAGGCCCUUAGAUGGCCAGUCAGUAUGAGCAAAUAAACUCCCAUCUUGUGGCUAUGGA